UUGACGGAGGCUCCCGGAAUACGAAAUACGUACAACGAUUUGCAGAGAACGGCGGAGAAGUUAAAUAAUACAACUCGUAAAGAUGAACAAGACGCCAAUGCACGAGCUGCGUCGCGUGUGCGUGAUUGGAGCUGGCACCGCAGGCUUGAGCGCCUUGAAGAACUCACUGCAAGCGGGUCUGGAGGCUGUCGCGUACGAGCGAGGCGCAGAAAUCGGAGGCACCUGGAUAUUCUCUGAGGAGCUGCCCAAGGACGAACACGAAGAGGUGCACAGCAGCAUGUACGAGGGCUUGCGCACAAAUCUGCCCAAGGAAGUCAUGGGCUAUCCGGACUACCCGUAUCCCACAGACAUUGAGGACUCGUUCAUCACAUCACGGCAGGUCCUGGAAUUCCUGCACUCCUAUGCCGAUCACUUCAACCUGCGACCGCACAUCAAGCUGCAGCACGAGGUGAUCAGGGUGCGUCCAAGAUUAAACGAUUGGGAGGUCUAUGUCUGGGAUCACAACAACAACACUUGCGAUCCGGUUUACUACGAUUUCAUUUACGUCUGCAAUGGCCACUACACGGAACCGGACAUGCCCUCUAUCGACGGCAUGGAUCUGUUUGAGGGUCAGCAGAUCCACAGUCAUGUCUAUCGCAAGGCGGAGAAAUUUAAAGAUCAGACCGUGCUGAUUAUUGGUGCCGGUCCCAGUGGCAUGGACAUUACAAAUCACAUUCGGAAGAAGGCCAGGCAUGUGUACCUGAGUCAUCAUCUUCCGACCACGCCCAAUACCGCCUUCAUGGGCAAUGUAACGCAAAAGCCAGACGUGGAGCGGUUCACGAAAAUGGGGGCCGUUUUUAAGGAUGGCAGCGAGGAGAGCUUUGAUCACGUGGUCUACUGCACCGGGUAUAAGUAUAGUUUUCCCUGCCUCAGCACCGAUGUGGGCAUUCAGGUGAUCGAUAACUUUGUGCAGCCACUGUGGAAGCACUGCAUCAACAUCAACAACCCCACUAUGUCCUUCAUUGGGCUGCCCUUCAAUGUGAUACCCACGCACAUAUUCGAUAUGCAGGUGCGCUUCACGCUUAAGUUCUACACAGGAGAGCGCCAGCUGCCCACGAAGGAGCAGAUGAUCGCCGACCUGGAGAAGGAGCAGGGCGAGCGCUGGGAGUGCGGCUUUGUCAAUCGUAAAAAGGCCCAUCAAAUGGGCGAACGGCAGUUCGAUUACUAUAAUGAAUUGGCCAAUAUGACGGGCAUUGAGAAUAUAAAACCCGUUAUUUUAAAGCUAAUGAAGGAUUGUGGCAAGAAAUAUAUAUUUGAGCUGGACACGUACCGCAACAAUCGGUAUACGGUUAUAGACGAUGAGCACUUUACCAAGCGCGCUCUAUGAUGAACUUGUAUUGUAUGUUGUAUGUUUGUA